AUGCUACCGCUCGGUCUCCUUAACGCGGCCCAAGGGCACCCCAUGCUCGUCGAGCUGAAGAACGGCGAGACACUCAACGGCCACCUUGUCAACUGCGACACGUGGAUGAACCUGACGCUGAAGGAGGUGGUCCAGACGAGUCCUGAAGGCGACAGAUUCACACGGUUACCGGAGGCAUACGUGAAGGGGAACAACAUCAAAUACCUCCGCGUCCCCGACGAGAUUAUCGACAUCGUGAAGGAGCAACAAGCGAACCACCAGAGUGGUUUCCGCGGAGGAAGAGGUGGCCAGAACAGAGGCGACCACGGCGGAAGGGGCGGAGAUCGGGGUGGUCGUGGGAGGGGCCAAGGACACCUCCCAUUCCGUCACGGCAAGUCAAUGUCUGGCGCGAAAAUUACCAUUGACGGGCUGUGGCGAUGCCUGUGUCCUUCGGUUGACGCCGCAGUGCUCGGGCGCGUCACAACAGCCUACAGUCGGGCCCAAGCAAGGUCAUCGGCGUCUGUCUCCCUCCGAGCUGCUUCUCGGCCGCGCUGCCUACACACCACGGAUCACCGUCGCGAGAAUGGCGCAAAUUCGGGGCAAGAUGUUUUCGCCUCUCUUGCCGGUGCAGUCCAUGAAAAUAAGGCGUUGAAGAACCAAACUGCCCCCGACUGGCUUGAGCAGCCGGUGCACACUGAGCAGUCUCCCGAAAAUACGGCCUCGAGUCCGAGAGACGAAGCCGAGUCUCGAAAAGACAGCUCAUCUCAGCCUUUGGUUCAAUCACAAUUGAGCGACAAGACUUCUACAAAAUCCGGAACCCUGGAUGCAUCUAAUAAAGCCUUGGAAAGCCAAGGCAGCCCGACCGAGAUGGUACAGCGACUCCUCUGGGGCAAACGACUCAACGAAGACAUCCCGCACGCGACGCCCGAAGAGAUCUAUGAAGCGCUGCGCCAAUUGAGGAGCUCGGGAAGGCCGAAACACAGGAGAAUCACAGCAGCACUGGUCAGACACUUGCUAGCAUCCGGAACACCGCCGGACACUUUCAUCUACGAGACUCUGCUCAUGGCGCACGCGGCCAUAGACGGGUCUGCGGACGCCGUGAAGGGACUGUUGCGGGAGAUGCGGCACAAGACAUUGCCUUGGUCGUCGACGGCGUACCAUGCCGCCCUACAGGCUUUGGCUAUACACCCUGACUACCUUCUUCGCAGCACUGUCAUAAGAGAGAUGAGAGAACGAUGGCUGGAGAUCAGCCCCCAGGGCCACCAGCACAUUGCCAUCGGGCUACUGCGAGACGAGCAAUAUGAGCUCGCGCUAGAGGAGCUGCACGAGACGUUCGAAAAGGGCAUACCUAUCGAGGGCUGGGUGUACGACAUAUUUAUCUACGUUUUUGGACAGAUGGAGUUUCUCGAUGAUGCCCUGCGGAUAGUGCGCCAUAGACUUGAUAGCGGCAACGAGAUACCGGUCAACAUCUGGUACUUCCUGCUUGAUGUGUGCAGCAAAGGUCAGAACAUCGAGGCAACGAGGUACAUCUGGAACCGUGCUGUCCAGCAAGGGAUCGUCAAUCCAUCGGAUGGCGUUGCCCUGAAUGUGCUUAACAUGGCCGCGGUCUACGGAGACACAGAGCUAUGCACGCCGGUCAUCGAGUACCUGUCAUCAAGGGGCACAAGACUGAACCGGCAUCACUACGAGGCUUUGAUCGACGCGUAUGCGGCCCAAGGGAAUGUUGAAAAGGCUCUCGAGGUCUACUGCAUUAUGCACGCCGCCGGCGUCGAGGUCAACCAUUCCAGCACCGGCUCCCUCGCCUUCACGUUGGCCCGCGACCCUUCCCUCAUUGACAAGGCCAUCCAAGCCAUGUCCGAGCUGCAAGGGAAGCAUUAUGUGCCCAUCACCGUUUUCAACACUGUGCUGAAUGAGAUUGUCAAGUCCGACGUGGAACAGCCUGAUGACGCGUUUGCCAAGGCGCUGGGCCUAUAUCGACGGAUCCGAGAGUUCGUUCCCGACGGACCGAAUUGGGAAACCUUCAGAAAUCUACUAUGGAAGUGCACCCGGCCAGAGCUCGCGCAGUUCUUUGCAGGAGAGAUGGUCCACUUCGAUAUUCAGCCAAACUUGAUCAUCAAAAAGCAUUUGUACAGGAUUCACGUCGAGUUUGACGGGCCGAGCUAUCGGGCGAAAGACUAUUUCUUCAAAGUUGCGCCGCAUUUCAAGGAUGGAAAGGAUCUGUCGCGGGGACUGCGAAAGGCGGAGGUCAUGAACCUAUCCGUAAAGCUCGUCAAGAGACUGAUUGGUGAACGAGACCCAGAGGCAUGGCGUAUAUUGGAAAUUUGCAAGAAGAACGGCCUGGAGCAGGUGACGAUCGAUGCACUGCGUGCGGAGGUCGAGGCUGGGACCAUUGACGGGGCUGAUGCUGCCACGCGGAAUGAAACCGUCGACCAGGACGCAGCUUGGGGGCCAAGGGAUGGUUCGCAGCCAUCAGCCUGA